AUAUCCUAUUUGACCAUCUCUAAAAAAAAGUAAAAUGUUUAAUUGUUUUUCAGUCCAAAAAUGUGAUAAGACAAUAUGGCAUCAGUAAGUAGUGUAGAGUACAGUGAAGCAGACGGCGAUAUUUACCAACAGUUUUAUCAGUAUGAUUUUGAUAAUGAUAAGUCUUUUCAAAAUGGAUUACAGAAGAUCAAAGAAAGACAGAAGUGUACAGAAGAAGAUAUUCUGAACUCUAAAUUAUUUUAUUUCUCAAAAACAUUCCAUCCAGUUAAAAAGAAUGAUUUCAAAAUAUGGCUUAGUAAACAAACAGAUAAAGAAGAAAGUCAGAGCAGUGAUAGGAGAGAUGUUCAUACUAAGAUUAUUGCAGACGAAAUUAAUACAAAUGAUAGCAUUGAUUGGAAGACAGCAACUACUUCUAAUAAUGCACAAACUGCUGGAGAAAGAAACACCAAUCAAGAAAUAAAAAAUGCAGAACAAGGGGAGAUAACUGUAUCAAAUAUAACAGAACUACCAUUAAACAAAAUCAUAGAUGAUACUUGUGACUCUAAAGAAAGUGAAUUAUCAGAGAAUCUAGAUAAAGUUUUAAGUUUAGCUGAUGUUGCAGACUUUAUAGAAAAAGGACUUCCAUUACCUGGAAUCAAGGACUUAGAUAUAAAACCUUUAGAAAUUGACCCACACCCUUCCUCACUACAAAGAAAGCUUAAACCAUGGGAAAAGUAGCCAAUGUGAUACAGAUCAGCUGUUUGUUUGAUUACUAACUCACUAAGUUUGUAUUGUAGGACAUAUUGUAAUCUGGGCCGAACAAAAAAGCUGAUUUAAUCAGAUUAUAUUUAUGCUUGUAGUGCAAUUUUGUAUGACAAAAAUGAUUUUGUUUAUUGUGGACAUCAUGGAUUAUUAAAUUGUUAUCUUUAUUUACACAAAGUGAAGGCUUGUAAAAUAGUUGUCUAAAGAUAUUAUUUUAUUAAAGAUAUCAUUAGGCAUUAUCUAGUCUAAAUGAAAAAAAUAAUUAAUUUUGAAUGUUUUAGGGGGAGAUAAUGUUAAAAAAAAUAUUGUUUCAAUUUAGUAAUGGAUUUUUCUUCUGUUUAACCUUGAUACAAAUAUGAAAUUGAGAUUGAUUGAUUGUUAUUCAAUGAAUGUACAGUGGCAAAUAUUUCAUGCAAAUUAAAUUACAAAUGUCCUAUAUUUUGGCAUCAAUUAUAAGGUUUUAUAUAAUUACAAUUUUGAUAAAUACUGACGUUAUAGCAAGCUUACCUAUCUGGGACCUCAUUUUAAUCGUUAUACAUGUGUAUUGGAUAACUAUAUCUUUCUUUAUAUUCAUCCUGCAUGCUCCUUAUGUUUAAGAAAAACAGAUUAUAACAACAAUUUCCAGUCAAACUUUGUUCAAUUAUUUCAGCAUAAUAAAUCAAGAUUUUGUUUUAA